CUCUGCGCAUACGACCGCGUCCGCCAGGCCAUUCACAGCGAGGCCAUUCCGCCUCACAGGGAGGCGAUCCCGCUUGCUGGUCCGGCAGCCCGACCGCUUCCAGCCUCGCAAUUGGUUCGUCCGGCAGGGAAAUGGAAAUGGCUUGCCUGGACGCGGCGUCUAGACGCUCCCGCACACACCUUCGGCCGCAACGGCCGCGGACGAACCACCUGCCGCUGCUGUCUCUCGCGCUGCCUCCGCCUGCCACCUCUCUUGCCGGCCCUGCCUUGACGUCUCCCUCGGACUCCUACCGGGCUGCUAAUGCGAGUUAGGGGGUUGUUGGUCCCUCCGGUUCCUUUGCAGGACCGGUCGGCAAGGUUUCGAGCAGCAAUCGUGCUGUGCCCCCCCGAGCAUAGACAGCCCAUGGCGAAUCUGCGGCCGAUGGGCCUGCAUCCCCUCUGCCGUGGCCCCCACCGCAUCACUGUCGUACAGAUUGGGCUGGCCGUCUUAAAGCCACUAUAGAUCUGCGAAGCAGGCGCGUGAGCUUUGAUCCUCUGUUCUCGGUCCCGGCAGCCUUCGUCUUUCCCCACGGUGAUAGUUUUCUCAGUCGUGGCGGUUCGUCUUGAGGCAAGUCUCUGCUCUUGAUGUAGGAACAUUGGAUCAUGUUGUUCGAAAGACCACCCUCCGGCUGAGUUUGCUGCCCAUGAUGGGGCGUCCGUCGAUCUUCGCCAUCCCCCUCUGGCUUGCCUUUGGGCGAGUCAUCGUCACCCUCGAGGUGACUCCUGGCUCGCACUGCGCCACUUCUUGCGUCGACUCGCCAGAAGGAAACCCCUUCAAGGCUUCAGACUCGACAAUCAAGCCCAAGGACGUCAGCUGCAAAGACAUUGAUUACUCUACUACCGACGCUGGCAUCAAGUUCAGGAAGUGCCUAGAGUGCUUGGGCACCAGCACCAAAGUCGACAAAGGCGAAUCCGACCUCAAGUGGUACAUAUACAAUUUACGAUACACCCUUACUACGUGUCUCUUCUCCGAGCCCGAGGCACCACCAAAUGGCACUGCCGGUUCCGCGUGCAACAUCGAACGGGCAUGCAAGCCGUUAAAGGCUCCCUUGACGGAGGGCGGAGUGAAGCCAGUGCCUCAAGAUUACCUGGGGUUCUGCACCGCUCACGACGGGGCUUUCAUGGGCUCGAAUCUCGCUCCCUGUAUCAGCUGUCUCCAAGCAACGAGUGGGGAGGCCUAUCUCUCCAACUUCAUGACAGCGCUCGAAGCUGGAUGCAAGCAGGAUCCCGCAGAGGGCAGUAUCUUAGGCAUUAGCGGCAGUGUCUUCUCAACCACCGCCAUAAACAUCACCGACCCUGCUGCCAAGAGCAAGGGCGACGACGGCAACGGUUUGGCCCCGAGUGCCAUCGCCGGCAUCGUUAUUGGCGUGCUUCUCGUGUUUCUAGCCGCGAUCGCGCUGUUCACGGUUCACUGGCGCCGGGAAAAGACCCUGGAUGACUGGGACCGGAGGUACUACGGGAGCAGCUCUUGCUCUCCAGAGACCUACAGGUCGCGAAGCGGCGGUCUCAUCAUGUCCAACGCACAGCGGCGAUACUAUACCGGUAACGCGUUCGGCGACAAGGUGGCGCCGCCGUACACGGACUCGGGGGAUUACUACGACCACUUGGAAGCCGAAAUGCAGGCGUCUCGGCUGGCCAACGGCUCUGACACUCGCCUCUGCAAACAAGCCUCCUCGAGCGCCCUGCCGGCGCACCACGCAUAUAGGGGUCCGCUCUUUUCACGGGUCACCGGGCAGACGAGUCAAGGCAGCCAGGUCCGUCCUCCGUCGCCUCCGGCACCUAUCCACAAGCCGGAGAGGACAAGUACACCAGACUCUUUUGCCGUGCAGCAGUACAUCAACGCAGCUGAGACCUCUGCCCAGCUGGCAACUACAUCUGCUUCCCAGCCUCCGAAACAGGAACCGCGUGUCAGUCGAUCCGCCUUGAUGCCUUCGAUCCACCUACCGUCUCUCCCGAAGCUGCGCAUACCCAAACUACGCAAGACCUCCGGUGUGAAGGCUCCUGAGACGUUCACACCGGGCGGGCUGCACCGCGGUCAUGAAAUGCACAUCUCGCAGCCAGUACGGCAAGACGAACAACGCUUUCACGAUAGACCGCUCGGCGGACCGGCCGUCACCGCCACCCAGCGGCCUGAUAUUGUGCAGCAAGAUAUCAUAUACUACGAGGGGGGCGAUUAUCGUGAAGUUCCUUUGCGGAGCGGCAAGAGUACGCUCUACGGAUAUUGAAUGCACCAGGUAGUUGAUCAUGCGCGCCACCCCAGGGUAUGGUGCUUGGGUUUAUUUCAGAGAUAUGUUUCAGGUUGGGGCGUCGGGCAGGUUAGGUGUUCCGGCAGGCAACUUUCAUCAAUCAUACAUUCUCUCGC